AUGGGAAAUGAUUCGUCUUCUCCUGGGGGAUUUGCACGUCAGCAACCUCCAGCUUCAGAAGCUUCACAAGCCGCUCAGGAGCAGGAAAUGACUGACAUUUCUGCCUGUUCAUCAGAGUCUGAAGAGUCAGAAGCAGAAAGCCCUACUAACCGCUCAGAAAGGCCUCGUAAACCCCCAGGGAACCCGUGGCUGCUGCAGGCGGCUGAAAUGGUCUUUUCGUCAUCUUCUGUCUCCCCUGAUGUACUGACAGAGGAGCCGGUGGGGGAGCGACGGCCUCUUAUUUUGGCGGCUCUAGCGGAGGCAAUCGAUAUCGAAACUGCUGUGAAGACAGCUGCAAAAGAGCUGACAAAUGAAACAAAUAACACCCUCUCGGAGUGCCAUAAAACGCUGCAGAGAACAUACGACGAGGCCUUUGAUUUAGUUCGAUUGCUGCUCGCACGAGGAGCGUCGCUGUCAGUGCCAUCUGAAAAGGGGAUUUUCCCUCUUGAAUAUGCAAUUAAGAAACACAGCAUGCGGGCAGCGGCUUUGUUAUUAGCAGCACCGCAGUGCAGCGACAGAAGAUGUAAAGGACGGUUUUGUCUCCCCGACGGCCUGACUCCCCUGCACAUGGCUUCUGCUUCAAAUGACCUCGCUUUGGCCGCGUUGCUGCUGAAGGAAGAUGCUGCUGCGGAGCUGCAGCAGGCGAGCGCGCGCUGUCAUUGCUGCCUUGGCAGUGCAGCAAUAGCCUUUGCAUGCACCCCCCCAGCCCCAGAGGGGCUCCAGCCCACCCGCUCUGUGUCUGUGAAGCUUCCUCUCUGUCGUACAUGUUUAGCUAGAGCACGAGAUGAUAGGGGCUGCACUGCAGCCUUUUAUUGCGGGAGCCGCAGCAUGUUGAGGCUUCUGCUAGAUAGUGGCUCCCCUCUUGAUUCCUGCAGCAGCUCAGGAGACACGCUGCUGCAUGCGCUUGUUUACAACGCUCGCCGCUUCGUAGACCCCGACCCUGCCAGCAGCAUACAAGCAGCAAGAGAGGAGGAAGAGACUGAAGCAGCAGCACCUGAGGGCCCAUCAGAGGUCGUCUGCAUGUGCAGGGAUUGCGGAGGCCCCCAGGGAAGUCCAAGUGGCUCUGCUCUCUGCCGCAUAUUGCUGCUGCUGCAGCGGGUUCAAUCUCAAGCAUCAAUCAGCUCCAGCCCAACAGAAACGCGGACCUCAACAACAAAGACAGUCGCAGAAUUUAUCAACACCCAAAACCAGGGAGGCUGGGCAGCGCUGCAUCUGGCAGCCUCUAGGGGGUAUUCAGAUGUUUGCAAGGAUGCUCCGUGGAAGUGUAGAAAGACAGAGCCUGAGCUCCUCUGCUAA